AUGCCCGUCGGACUGGCAGAAGUGACCGUAGGAGCACUCGUGGGAUCGGCCGUCGACGCGGCCGUCGGCGCGGCCGUUGGCGCGAGCGUCGGCGAGCCCGUCGGCGACUUUGUGUGGCCGGUAAUCGUAGGCGCGAACGAGGCCGUCGGCGCGAGCGUCGGCGACGCCGUGGGCGACACCGUGCCCGUGGGCGACAUCGUGGGCGCCAUCGUGGGCGACACCGUCGGACUGGCAGUCGGCGCGAUCGUCGGCGAUACCGUGGGCGACACCGUGCCGGUGGGCGCGCUCGUCGGACUGGCGGUCGGCGACAUCGUGGGCGACACCGUGGGCGCGCUCGUCGGACUGGCGGUCGGCGCCAUCGUGGGCGACACCGUGGGCGCAGCAGUCGGCGAUUUGCUCACCGUAGGCGCGCUCGUCGGACUGGCCGUCGGCGCGGGGCUCACCGUCGGCGCCAUCGUCGGGCAGCCCAGGAUCAUGCUCGAGGCGCCCGCGAAGUAG